AUGAGUGACGUGGUUAAUGACGAUCGUAAGGAAUUGUUCGAUUCGGCAGUGUCCUUCCUGAAGGAUGAGUCCAUCAAAAAUGCUCCACUUCUGAAGAAAAUCGAAUUUUUGAAAUCCAAAGGAUUAAGUGAAAAGGAAAUUGAAAUAGCCAUGGAAGAACCUAAGAAGGAUAAAAAGUUUAAGGAGGGAAUAUCGAAAAAUAAUGACAGUUCUGUGAAUAGGACAAACCCGCAGGAUAUGUACUUUUAUGAAGCGAUGCCACCAGCGCUGCCCCACAGGGAUUGGAAAGAUUACUUUGUGAUGGCUACAGCGACAGCCGGGCUGUUGUAUGGUGCGUAUCAAGUAACUAGAAGGUACGUGAUACCAAAUAUUUUACCAGAGGCAAAGAGUAAAUUAGAGGAUGACAAGGAAGAAAUCAAAGAUCAGUUCGCCAAAAUCGAUAAAGUCCUCAAUGCCAUCGAAGCAGAACAGGCAGAGUCUAGAAAACAGGAAAGCGAGACGCUGAAGGAACUCACUGGCACUAUCGCUGAGUUGCAACAGGUGCUGACGGAAACAACAAGAAGCAAAGAAAAGAUUGAAGACGAAUUCAGACUGGUUAAGCUCGAGAUGACCAAUCUACAAAACACCAUUGACAAAUUCGUCUCGGACAACAGCAACAUACAAGAACUAAAUAAUAUACAGAGAGAAAUGGACUCGCUCAAGAGUUUAAUGAAAAAUUGUACGGAAUCUGCUAACACUCACGACAAUAGAUUAUUCUCCAUGUCUCCCAAUGGCAUACCGGGAAUAGACGCGAUUCCCUCUGCGUCUGAGAUCCUAGCCAAGAUGGGCAUGCAAGAAGAAAACGAUAAGGAGAAAGAAAAUAGUGACAAUACAGGCAACGAGGCAAACGCUGUUCCAGCGUGGAAAAAAGCGAGGGAGCAAACUGUUGACAGCAACGGCUCCAUCCCGGAAUGGCAGAGAAACACGACCAGAAAUGAAAUCAGCGUGCCAGAUUGGCAAAAUGCACAGCUUGGGGACUCUACCCCAUAG